AUUUUAUGGAAUUCGUUUUAGAAUUUUUCAUCAGUUUCCUGAUGAACGUGCGCGGUUGAUCGUGUAUGGACGAUUAUACUGUAACAACAUCCUUAAAAGAAAUUCGAAAUAAAUUGUGAUAAAUUACACUAAAUUCUUGUUUACUGAGCCUUUAGUGUUUUAAUAGUGAACAGCAUAUGUUAAAUUCAUAAUUGAGUUUUUAUAAUAGCUGCACCCUUAUUUAUUAUUAUAAACCUUAUCGAGAAAGACUCGUAAAUCAACAGUUUAGUUAAUAGUUCAGCGUCAUGGCAGACCGAUUGACACAAUUACAAGAUACUAUAAAUCAGCAAGCUGAACACUUUUGUAAUAGUGUCGGUAUCCUGCAACAAUAUUCCACACCUAGCAAGUUUCCUGGUUUUGAUCGCAUUGGCACUCCACAACCACAUCAGCCACAAGAAGAUUAUGCUGCUUUAUUUGCAAAUCUUAUCGCAAGAUGUGCAAAGGACAUAGAUACGUUAAUAGAAAGUUUGCCAAGCGAAGAGUCUUCUCAGGAACUUCAAGUGGCUAGUCUUAGCCGACUUGAGCAAGAGAAUCAACAGGCUGGCGAACAAUUGGAGGAAGUAGUAAGGCAAGGAGAAGCGUUACUUCAGCGAAUUCAGGUUGCUCUGCAGGACAUUGCACAAAGUCAAUUAGACAUGCAGAAUCCUACAUCUACCACUGUGAUCAAUAUGAAUCUUAACAAUGCUAUCAGUAUAAAGCAAGAAAAUCUCAGUUCUAUAACUACCGUGCCUUCAAAUAAUACACAUCAACUAUCAGAUUCUUCGUCCAAUUCAAUAAAUCAAUGACAUAUUUAUGAUUUAUUAUAAUUGUCCUCUAGAUUGGCAAUAUAUUGGCAAAGUACUCUCUCAUAAACUCAAGUCACAUACAUUUCUUGUUUGAAAGAUAUUUCAACAAUGAUCAUGUACUCCUUUCUUGUAAACAAAUAUAUUAAGGAAAUAAAUCAAACUAUUUAUGAUUUUGCAAUAUAA